AUGUCCGCACCCCGCCCCAUUCUCCCUCAUUCACCCCGCCCCAUCCAUCACCCCGCCCCAUUCUCCCUCUUUCCAUCACCCCGCCCCAUUCUCCCUCUUUCCAUCACCCCGCCCCAUUCUCCCUCUUUCCAUCACCCUGCCCCAUUCUCCCGCUUUUCAUCACCCCGCCCCAUUCUCCCGCUUUCCCUCACCCCGCCCCAUUCUCCCGCUUUUCAUCACCCCGCCCCAUUCUCCCGCUUUCCAUCACCCCGGCCCAUUCUCCCGCUUUCCAUCACCCCGGCCCAUUCUCCCGCUUUCCAUCACCCCGCCCCAUUCUCCCGCUCUUCAUCACCCCGCCCAUUCUCCCCGCUUUCUAUCACCCCGCCCUUCUCCCGCUUUCUAUCACCCGCCCCAUUCUCCUGCUCUUCAUCACCCCGCCCCAUUCUCCCGCUUCUCCAUCACCCCGCCCCUUUUCCCGCUCUCCAUCACCCCGGCCCGUUCUCCCGCUAUCAUCACCCCGCCCCAUUCUCCCUCUUUCCAUCACCCCGGCCCGUUCUCCCUCUACACCACCCCGCCCCAUUCUCCCCUUUCCAUCACCCCGCCCCUUCGUUCUCUUCAUCCACCACCCCGCCCCAUUCUCCCGCUUUCCAUCACCCCGCCCCAUUCUCCCGCUUUCCAUCACCCCGCCCCGUUCUCCCUCUUUCCAUCACCCCGCCCCAUUCUUCCGCUUUCCAUCACCCCGCCCCAUUCUCCCGCUUUCCAUCACCCUGCCCCAUUCUCCCGCUUUCCAUCACCCCGCCCCAUUCUCCCGCUUUCCAUCACCCCGCCCUAUUCUCCCGCUUUCCAUCACCCCGCCCCAUUCUCCCGCUUCCAUCACCCCCCCCUGCCCUAUCUCCCGCUUUCCAUCACCCCGACCCAUUCUCCCGCUUUCCAUCACCCCGGCCCAUUCUCCCGCUUUCCAUCACCCGCCCCAUUCUCCCGCAUUCCAUCACCCGCCCCAUUCUCCUCUUUCCAGCCCCCCCCCCCAUUCUCCCGCAUUCCAUCACCCCGCCCCAUUCUCCCUCUUUCCAUCACCCUGCCCCAUUCUUCCUCUUUCCAUCAACCCGCCCCGUUCUUCCUCUUUCAUCAUCACCCCGCCCCAUUCUCCCGCUUUCCCAUAUCAACCCGCCCCCGCCCAUUCUCCCGCUUUCCAUCACCCCGGCCCAUUCUCCCGCUUUCCAUCACCCCGGCCCAUUCUCCCUCUUUCCAUCACCCGCCCAUUCUCCUCGUUCCAUCACCCGCCCCAUUCUCCCUUUCCAUCACCCCGCCCCAUUCUCCCUCUUUCCAUCACCCCGCCCCAUUCUCCCUCUUUCCAUCACCCCGCCCCAUUCUCCCGCUCUCCAUCACCCCGCCCCAUUCUCCCGCUUUCCAUCACCCCACCCCAUUCUCCCGCUCUCCAUCACCCCGCCCCAUUCUCCCGCUUUCCAUCACCCCGCCCGAUUCUCCCGCUUUCCAUCACCCCGCCCCAUUCUCCCGCUUUCCAUCACCCCGCCUCAUUCUCCCGCUUUCCAUCACCCCGCCCCAUUCUCCCUCUUUCCAUCACCCCGCCUCAUUCUCCCUCUUUCCAUCACCCCGCCCCAUUCUCCAGCUCUAUUUCCAUCACCCCGCCCCAUUCUCCCUCUUUCCAUCACCCCGCCCCAUUCUCCCGCUUUCCAUCACCCCGGCCCAUUCUCCCGCUUUCCAUCACCCUGCCCCAUUCUCCCGCUUUCCAUCACCCCGCCCCAUUCUCCCGCUUUUCAUCACCCCGCCCCAUUCUCCCGCUUUCCAUCACCCCGACCCAUUCUCCCUCUUUCCAUCACCCCGGCCCAUUCUCCCGCUUUCCAUCACCCCGCCCCAUUCUCCCGCUUUCCAUCACCCCGCCCCAUUCUUCCGCUUUCCAUCACCCCGCCCCAUUCUCCCGCUUUCCAUCACCGCGCCCCAUUCUCCCGCUUUCCAUCACCCCGCCCCAUUCUCCCGCUUUCCAUCACCCCGCCCCAUUCUCCCGCUUUCUAUCACCCCGCCCCAUUCUCCCUCUAUCCAUCACCCCCCCCAUUCUCCCUCUAUCCAUAA